GUUUCCACUUCAAAGACCAGACACAACUUGCAAACUAGACCUAACCAUCUUCCUCAUUCUCCCUUUUCCCCUAAUUUGACCAAAAAAUAUGAAUAAAUACCGUUACAUAAUAAAUAUAAGUCUCAUCCCGACCCAAAAUCUUAAAAACCCAAAGUCAAUAUACAAAUUGACGUCAUAAAAAGAAAAUGGGAUUUUCAUGGAGAAAGAGACUACGUGUAGCUAACGAGAAGAAGAUAACUCCGGUAAUGAGCUGGUCGGAGUCGGAGACGGAUAUAACAAUACCACCGGAGUUUCAAUGCCCAAUCUCAAUCGAUCUAAUGAAAGAUCCUGUAAUAAUCUCCACAGGGAUAACCUACGACAGAGAGAGCAUCGAGACAUGGAUUGGUUCGGGCAACAAAACAUGUCCGGUCACGAACACGGUCUUAACAACGUUCGAUCAAACCCCGAACCACACGAUUCGUAAGAUGAUUCAAAGUUGGUGCGUGGAGGCAGGAUCGUCGUCGAUUCACCGUAUCCCUACGCCACGUGUUCCUUUAAUGCCAUGUGAUGUCCACGAGAUCUGUAGAAAAUUAUCGUCUGCUACGCGGCGUGGGGAAUUCGAGAAGUGUGGUGAGUUUAUUGGGAAGAUUACAAAAUUAGGGGACGAGAGUGAGAAAAAUCGUAAGUGUAUUAACGACAAUGGCGUCGGAUUAGUUCUUUGCGAAUGUUUCGAUAAGUUCUCGGGAGAUGAGAAAUUAACGUUUAUGCUAAAAGAGAUUUUAUAUUUGUUGACAUGGAUGAUUCCGAUCGGGUCUGAUGGUAUUACGAAACUCUCGUCCGCAACGUCGUUUCGUUGGAUCGCGGGUUUGUUGAGGAGUAAGGACGAUUCUGCACGUGAAAACGCUGCAGUUUUUAUGAAAGAGAUUCUUUCACUAGACAAAACGCGAGUUUAUGCAUUUGCAGUCGAGAACAGAGUUGCAGAAGCGUUGAUGAAGUUGAUUCGCGAUUCGGUUUCGACUAGGUCGACGAAAUCUUCGUUGAUAGCGAUUUAUCAAUUGGUGUUGCAAAAGCCUGAAAUAGCGUCUGAGUUUCUCGAAAUCGGUCUGGUGAAUAUGACGGUUGAAAUGAUAGUUGAUGCUGAGAUGAAUGUUUGUGAAAAUGCGUUAGGGGUUCUUGAUGCGAUUUGCGAAACCGAGGAAGGGAGAGAAGAGGUGAGAAAAAACGCGUUGGUGAUGCCGCUUUUGGUGGAGAAGAUUGCGAAGGUUUCUGAAUUAGCUACAAGGAGCUCAGUUUCGGUGAUUUUGAGGCUGUGUAAAAUGGGAAAUACGUUUUCCGUUGAAGAAGCGGUGCGUUUGGGUGCGUUUCAAAAGGUGUUGUUGGUGUUACAAGUUGGGUAUGGAGAAGAGACUAAGGAAAAAGCAACAGAGUUGUUGAAGCUGAUGAACUCGCAUAUGAAAUUAAUGAGUGACUGUGUUGAUUCUUUAGUGGAGUUUAAGUAUCUCAAGAAACCAUUUUGAUGUUUUUAAUUAGGAUAUAGAUGAAUUUAUAAGUAGAUAAAAUUGAUGAGUGAUGAUAGACUUUGUUGAUUCUUUAGUGGAUUCAAGUUUCCCAAGAUAUCAUUUUGAUGUUUUAUUUAGGAUAUGACGAUAAUGUAUUUUUUGAGUGAUGCCUCACUAAGAAAUGGACUCGACCAAUCA